GAAAUUACGGGACUGACCACUGACAUGAUGAUUUGGCGAUGGCAAAGAAGGAAAUGUGAUGAUGAAAAUGGGUGGUUUAAUGUAUUAAUAUAUUUAAUAGUGGUGUAUAAGUAAUGUAACAAAGGUCAGACAAAUGGAGGCAUCUGUUUUUAAAGACAGAAUUACUCUUAUUGCAGUUUUUAUUAGCGGUAUUCUUUUAGCGUAUGUUUUGCUGUCACUCAACGAGCACCAUUCACUUGGUGGGCCGGGUCACCCACCUUACAGCAUUGGACUACUCGGAACACCUCUGAGGAACGAUGGCUUAAAAGACUGGCCCGUAACUGUAAAGGAACGUCCGUUUCUAAGGCCAGAUAUUAAAGGUGAAAGUCUUGCAGCCCUGCACCAAGCUCUGGAUGCCAAGCUUCAGGGAAGGACAGAGAAAGCACAUAAACUGUUCCAACAUGCACUUGCCCUUGAUCCAAAUCAUGUUGAAGCAUUGACAGAGUAUGGGGAAUUUAUAGAGGAGGAGGAUGUGGUGAAAGCUGACCAUUUAUACACAUGUGCAUUGACCAUCAAUGCCAGUCAUACCAGAGCACUGGUCAAUGUGAAAAGGACAAGUUUGAUUGUACAGGAUAUUGAUAAUAAGAUGCUAGAACGCAUUGAAACAAAACAGGAGCAAUUCCUCAAAGUACCUUCACACCAUCCUGCAUUAGACCGAGUUAAAAAAGAAUUAUAUUAUUUACAUAUCUACCAUACAACAGCCAUUGAAGGGAAUACAAUGACACUCGAGCAAGUUAGACACGUGAUGGAAACGGGAAUGGCUGUACCUGGCAAAAGUAUCAUGGAACAUAAUGAGAUCAUUGGUUUGAGUGCUGCUUUGAAAUAUAUUAAUCAAACUAUGUCCAAUCGCUUUGGUUCAUUAACUAUCCGUGACAUCCAGGAGAUUCAUCGUCGAGUUAUAGGAAACGUUGAUCCAAUCGAGGCUGGGCAUUUUAGGACUAAUCAAGUGUUCGUCGGAGACCACAUUCCAGCCCCACCUUCAGACUUGGAGGAACUGAUGGUAGAAUUUAUUAACUGGUUAAACUCAGAUGAAGCUUUAGAUCUACAUCCAAUAGAGCUAGCAGCACUGGCACAUUACAAACUAGUUCAUAUACACCCUUUUGUUGAUGGGAAUGGCCGGACUUCCCGACUACUAAUGAAUGUAAUUCUUAUGCAGGCAGGCUAUCCUCCCAUAGACAUCAAAGUUUCAGAAAGACAUGAAUAUUACACAGCUAUUAAGACCGGCAAUCAGGGUGAUAUACGUCCAUUUAUACGUUUCAUUGCGAAAUGCACUGAGGGUAUGUUAGAUACGUACCUUUGGCUUUAUUCCGAUACAUCAAAUUCAACAUUACCUGAAAUUGAAGAUGGCAAGACUAUUAUCCUUGGUCCAUCAUAAAUUCAGAAUGUUUUACUUUUUAAUUUAGUCAGCAAUACAAUAUAUGUUGAUCAUGGGUGUUGACAAAUAGCUGCAAAUUUUAAACAUGUGAAUUAUUAUAUAUGCAUGAAUACAUAAAUUAUGUACAAUGAAUGUAGUAUGUUUGUUUUUAUGUUAGUAUUUAUUUUUGUAAUGAAGGUAAUCAUUUAAUUUUAUUGUUGAGAGUUCCAGUGAUUCCAAUUUUGGUGUACAAUGCAUCCUGCAAUUUCCAAAUCUGUCAUUGUUACUUGUUCCUGGAAUUUGCAUAUAUUGGAUUAUUAACUUGUAUAAUUUCAAACAUUUCCUUUACAAUAUUUUAAUAUAAAAUGUGUCACUUUUGAAGUUCUUAUAAUUGAUUAUGACAGCAAAAUACUUUCUAUAUUUUAAUAAAAUUUUGCUGUUCUAGUAAGGUAUUCCAGAUUAACACAGUAAGAUGCUUCCCAUACUGUAAUCUUUUUUUUUUGUGUACUAAUCCCAUAGUCAUUUGUUAAAAACUACUGCUAUGUACAGCAUGUAUGCAAUUUUGUAGUGUACAGUACUUAAGAAUUGUCAUUUAAAGGUUUCAAUAUGUUACCAAAUCAUGUCAGUAUAUUUGAAUUGUUAAAUGUUUGCUUCUUUUCCCCACCUACUGCAUUAAUGUACUUGUCAAUUGUAGUCCCAGCCCCUCCGGAUGCCCUGGGACCAGCAGGGACUUAGCUGGGGAUGUAAUUUUCUGUUACACAUGCAUGCGGAAGUCCGGGACACCUCCCGGCAAUGCGGGGCAUCGUUUUAACGUAUCCCCGGCUAAGUCCCCGCCACUUACCACCGUAGUCCCGGUAAAAUGCCCUGCUAAUAAAUGAUUGGAUGAUAAAACCUACUUGAAGGUCUAGUCUACAGUAGGUCUAAAUCGGAGAAGCAUGUGAGAGCUAGGCAGGAGCUAGGCCAAGUAGAUGAGCUUGCUUGAUGGAAGCACUACGCAUGCGUAUCACUAAGCAGAUUUCCAUGGAAGUUUGGAAAAGUACAAACAAAAAGAGAGACAGAGACAGAUUGAUCAUAGAAAAAGAAAAUACUGUAAUUGAUUGAUUGAAUAAUAACUGAUUGAUAGAAUAUCAUUAUUCAAUAUCAAAACAGAAAUUAGGCCUAAAUAAGAAAAUGAAUACAUGUAGUAGAAACUGAUUACCUUGGCUUGGCUCAUGUACUGGCAUAUUUUUGACGCAAACACUAGGUCAAGUUCAUGGUUCACAAAUUUUCACGCAACACACUCACAUGUGCCGCCACCUUGGUCCUCAGCGUUGUGUGGUUAGAUGUUCAAUUUUUAUUAUGUAAUUUAUACCGUGAUCUAUAAAAAAUGAAACCAUGAUGGUAGACCUAAAGCACUGGUAGGGGAUUUUUUAAUUACCAAACAGACAGUGUUGACAGAAUGCCAGGCCUAGUGUAAGCUAGUAGGACCAGACCCAGUUUGACAGCACUAGGCUAGGCCUACACACCCGAAACCGUGGCUACUCUAACAUGUAAAAUUCCCGGCCCUUUCGAGGCUUGUUACAUCUACGGGUAAAUUUUAGGUACGUCCCGGCACUACGGCGACACAACUAUGUGUACAUCCCCGGCUCAGUCCUGGCUAGUGCCCCGCUAUGGCCUGGGGGCCGGGCUACAAUUGACAAGUGCAUAAGUGCUACUAUUUUAAUUUGUAAUUGUGUAUGUUAAAUAAGUGUAUAUAUUGAAUUCAAAUUAUAUUCUGUAGAUGGUUUUAUUGAGUAAUCAACAUUAUUUAAUUCAGGUAUCUUAAAGAAAAGUAUUAUAAUUUUUACUAUGUUCUCUUCUUUUUUGAUCAUGAUGUGGCAGCAGCUGAGUGUCAGUCAAACUUGAGGUAGGAGCUCAAAUCUAGUCUGUCUCAUUGUACAAGACACUUAAAAAAAAUUUUGCACAUUGUGUUGUGAAUAUAUAGGUACAUACAAUAAUUAGUGGUAUUAUUGUUAAAACCACAUUGGCCCUUUUUUUUUUUUUUUGUGAAGGAGCUAUAUAAGUGUUAUUGCGGUAUGUUUUGUUCAUUGAAUAAUUGAAUGACAAUUGAAAUAAAUGAUGAGAGUAAUGACAGUAGCACAAUUAGUACUCAAUUAUUUAACAUUCUUGUUGAUGAUGUGCAAUAUAAUGAGAUCCUAAGCCUACAGUAUAUGUAGUGAAGGCAAAAUUAAGUUGGUUAUAUUUUUUUUUACUUUUGAACAGUUUUUUAAUUUGUCUUGUUAUGAGAAUAUGACAUGCAUACAGCUGUUAAAAUGAUCACGCAACAAGAGAAUGAAAAUGUCCAGAUAUCCAAAAUAAUUUAAAUUAUUUUAAAAUUUAUAUUUAAUAUAAUGGGCAUCUUUUUAUAAAGGUUUUUUUUAAAUAUAUAUAUAAGAAAGAUAUUUGAUACUGGUUCUUUGUAAUACUGUAGAA